AUGCCGGCAGAGGCGGGGCAACAGGUGGGAUGCUCCUAUGGGAUGAAGCUCAGCUGGGACAUCAACGACCCGCAGAUGCCUCGGGAGCCAGCCCACUUCGACCGCUUCUGUGAGUGGCCGGACGGCUACGUGCGCUUCAUCUACCGCAGCGACGAGAAGAAGGCGCAGCGGCACCUGAGCGGCUGGGCCAUGCGUAACACCAACAACCACAACGGCCACAUCCUCAAGAAGUCGUGCCUGGGCGUGGUGCUGUGCGCACGGGACUGCGUCCUGCCUGACGGCUCGCGCCUGCAGCUGCGGCCGGCCAUCUGCGACAAGGCCAGGCUGAAGCAGCAAAAGAAGACGUGCCCUAACUGUCACGCUGCUUUGGAACUGAUCCCCUGUCGAGGGCACAGCGGGUACCCUGUAACCAACUUCUGGCGGCUUGAUGGCAAUGCGAUAUUUUUUCAGGCCAAGGGGGUUCACGAUCACCCAAGACCAGAGAGCAAAUCAGAAACGGAAGCUAGGAGAAGUGCCAUCAAGAGACAGAUGGCUUCUUUCUACCAACCCCAGAGAAGGAGAGCUCGAGAGUCCGAGGCAGGAGAGAAUCAAGAUAUCAGCGGACAUUUGAACAACAUACCUUCCCUGGAAAACUCAGAGGAGUUUGAUAUAAUUGCUGACACAGGCUUCCCUGUUCCAGGGCAGCCUUGCUUUUCCUUUCCAAACUCGGAUGCUUACCUACCUACCUGUGACCUAGCUGCCUUUCAGGGAGACACAGUACCACCCUUUCAGAAAUACCCAAACCCAAGAGUCUAUGUGCCAAGACCACCCUGCACCUAUGAAUUGGCAGGUCCUUGUUACACAAAUUCAAGCCCGUAUCCCACCCUUUAUAAAGAUUCCAGCAAUAUCCCUAAUGACACAGACUGGGUUCACCUGAAUGCACUACAAUACAAUGUCAACUCCUAUAGCAGCUUUGAGAGAAGCUUUGAUUUCACCAGUAAACAGCAUGGCUGGAAACCAGCUCUCGGAAAAGCUGGCCUUGGGGAGAGGACUGACCAUGGACAGUUCCAGGCUAUGGCCACUGGCCCUUAUUACAACCCAGAGCUUCCCUGCAGGUACCUCACAACCGCCCCGCCAACUGCUCCAGCCCUACAGACAGUGAUCACCACUGCCACCACAGUGUCCUAUCAGGCCCACCAGCCCCCUGCUGUGAAAUGCUGUGACAGUGUGCGGGAAGUUAAGAGCCUUUCUGGCUGUAACUAUGCUUCUGAAAACAUCCAAGUGUCCAUCUACUCGGAGGCCUUGGACCUUCCAGCUACAGUCACCAUGGCAGCCUCUCCAACAGCAUCACUUCCUUUGAAAAUUCCCGGAGAUGGCCAGGCCAUCAGACACACUUUGCCUUUUCCUCAAGAGUCAGCGCCCUCCCGGACAGACGGAGCAGAGACCUGGGAAGUGUGUCCAUCUGGAUUGGGGUCUACAGUUGGUUAUUCAGAUAGAGUCAGUCCGUUCUUUAGCUAUGACAACAAGGACUUUUGA